CAACACAAAACAAGUCCACAAAGAAAAAGGAAAAAUCCUUAUCCAUGGCCACUGUCACCUCUGCAGCUGUUGCCAUCCCAUCAUUCACCGGCCUAAAAGCAGCCGGUGCAGCCAAAGUUAACGCCACCGCUAAAGUCUCAGCCUCUGCAGUCCCAAGGCUCAGCAUCAAGGCUUCACUCAAGGAUGUGGGCGUUGCUGUUGCGGCCACCGCCGCAAGUGCACUGCUUGCAAGCAAUGCCAUGGCCAUAGAGGUCUUGCUCGGCGGUGAUGAUGGGGGCUUGGCUUUCAUUCCCAACAGCUUCAGCGUCAGCCCCGGAGAGAAGAUAGUGUUCAAGAACAAUGCAGGUUUCCCCCACAACGUUGUAUUCGAUGAAGACGAAAUUCCCAGCGGUGUCGACGCCGGGAAGAUCUCCAUGAGCGAGGAAGACCUCCUCAAUGCCCCAGGAGAGACGUACGCUGUGACCUUGACAGAAAAGGGAAGUUACUCCUUCUACUGUUCUCCUCACCAGGGAGCAGGCAUGGUGGGAAAAGUGACCGUUAAUUAAGUUAGUUUGAAAGCUAGCUCUGCUAAGGAUAUCACGAUCAUGUUUCCAUCCCUUUUACUUUUUUUGUAAAGGUAGUAGAGCUUAAUAAUCAAUGUAUGUGGUGAACGAUCUAUCAUUCUCUUCCAUUUGAGUUUUGUAGAUUUCUGGUGCACUUCUUAAUUGAACAUUUUGGGUGCUUUUGUUUUGA